AUGGCCGAUGAGAUCCUCAACUUGCUUUUCGUCGCCUUGGAUGCAACUGCAUUUCCACUGGAAGCACGCGAGAGGGCGUGUCUGCUGCUGUGCUAUCUCGCCAAUUUCUCAGAGAAGGUGUCAACUGCGAUCUCCCGUGGUGGAUCGCCACUUUGGCAGUCGAUGCUGACCACCCUUAAGGACCACGGAGAGUGGGUGUGGAAGCAUGUUGAAGCACCUGCGUUCAAGCAUGUAUGGAUGUUAUGCUUCUUGCAAUAA